AUGGCCACUCUCCCAACUGGCUGGGAGUGGGACUAUGACGGCAGUCGAUGGCUCUACCGAUACAAGCCUACUGGUCAUGUCCAGUACCAUUUCCCUAAUGCGGGCGACGAGUUUCCCGACUAUAUCGACGCCAGGUCUCCGGCGCCAGACCUUGCACCCGAGGAGCGGCUCGAGUCGCAGCAACAAGUCAAACGACAUGCCAGCGUCAGCGGGACCGGCCGCGCUGAAGACAGAGAUGGAUGGAGAUCGCGCAUGUCCGCAACGGCGCAGCCCGUCAGUGCAGUCUGGGAGGACGAUUUCGGGAGGGAGGACAGUCAUGUGGAGGAGGCCGAGGAAGAGGAGGGAGUGUUUCAGCCCGAGAACUUCAUGUUUCUAGGCCCAGGCGCAUAUACGGAUGUAAGCCCGCUGAAUGAAGAGGAGGAGGAGGCCGCGAGGAGGACGGUUGUGGGAGAGCUAAAGAGUGGACAAUCGACGGAUAAUAGAGGUGUCAGCCCCAUGGUGAGCCAGAAUACGACGCCAAUGACACGGACGACCGAGACUGUGGCCGGUGGAUCUACGACUGUCGUGGACCGACGAGCUGUUGAGCCACCACCUAUAAUGCAUCAUGAGGAGCAAACAACAUUGGUAUCCCCGCAGGAGUAUGUCAUGGGAAGUGAUAUCGUGGGAGAGGCGAGUGCACCAAUUGAUGAUGGAGGCUACCACUAUGAGAUGUACGAGCUUCCUGUUGAAACCGCCAUUCCGAUGCAUCUCCAGUUUGAUCCCGUGGGUUUUGUGGCCGAGAUGCCGACGGAACACACAGCAUCCGCCCGUGUCGAGACACACCCCGACCCCAUUGAACUGGCGGACAACUACGUUAUGGCGCCGAUUGAGACGGAACCACGACCUGGUUAUGUGGAGCUACCGGUUGAAUUUACUCCUUUGGAGGAGGGAGCUGUAAGGCAAGAAAAAUUGACAGAGGAACAACAGCUGGAGCUCCGACGACAGGAGGUGAGGCGACAGCAAGAGGAGAGGCAACGUGGUGUGCAACAGAGACAAGAGGAGCGGAAGAGACGGGAAGAAGAAGAGUUGCAAAGGGAGCUGCAGCAGCAACAGCAGCAGCAGAGCGAGGCUCAGAGCCCAUCUCAAGAACAAGGCAAUGACGUCCCAAACCAGUUCAAGAUUGCCAGGAAACCGACACUUCGAGAAUCCAGCGCCGCUUACAAUGCCUAUGCUGGCAGAGGCCAGACACAGGAGGACUAUCAAGCUUAUGCGCCAGGCCAAGCUUUUCAGCAAACCGUACAGCUCGCGAACGCACUUCCGGCACGGAUAAUGAGCCCAGCUCUGCAACGAGAGGCGUCGCUGAACUUGAGCAUGAGGCCGAGUACCGAGUCCACGCCACCGGUUGACCGAUUUCCCUCUGUUCUGAAGCCGGCUCGAAACUCAGUCGUCCAGCAACAACAACAGCAGCCCCCGGCACCGACUCCUAAUACCCCUGUGGCUCCCGAGGGGCAAAAUGACGCACAACUUCAAGAUAACUCUGUUCCCGGAGUGGUCAAAUACCCUUCCGUUCUUCGGCCUGCUCGAGGAAAACCUGGACAGGCGCCGGAGGGACAGGAUGCCAUAAAAGGCGCGGAGCAAGGUUCUGGUACAGACCCUACUAAUAGAGAUGCUCGAUCAUCGGGGUAUAGACUUGUUGCACAUGGACAACACCCGCCUUCUAUGACACCCGCCCCCGUCCCGACUCCAGCUCCAGCUCCAGUCCCAGCUCCGGCCCCAGUUGUCGCACAGCAAAUUCCACCACAGAACCCCCCAGCUCCAGCUCAGCAACCUUUUGGCAUCGCAACUGCUCAACCUCCCGCUCCUAUACAACGACCAUAUACAACGGAACCAGGCCCAUCGAAAUCUAAUCUACAGAUUGCUCAACAAUAUGCUGCACCCCCCGUCCCACUCAAAGUCGCAGCUCAGCCUCCCUACCCAGUAGAACCGGUGACGAUGCCCCAGCCGCCAAUUGCUCGUACAGUCACAGCACCAUAUCCGCUCGACGACGGUCCGCCGGUCGCGGCCCCAUAUGGACCACUGCAGAGCCAACAACCUAUGAGGCCUGCAAGUGCAAUGCCUGUUCUUCAGCACCAGUCAGCGGGGCCUGCUCCAGGUCGGCCGCAACAGAUGCCUAUCAGAACAGGCCCUCCGCCUCCCGGGUCUGUGAUAGUACCGGCUGGAAUGGCGCCACGUUCGGCCACGGCUGGCCCGGCACAACAUCUUCAACAGCAACGUAGGCCAUCUUAUCAAUCAGGAGGUGACCCGCGACAGAAUGCUGUUCCAGUACAAAACUCGCAGCCUCCCAGACCGCAGAGUGUCGCCCAUCCAGGGGUUUAUGCUAAUUUUGCGAGCCACCAAUCACCACCGCCUCAAAUGCGGCCUGUCCAGCGCCGGGGAACUCAAGAUGAGAUUCUGCCAGUGUCUCCCAUACGAUCUCGAUCGGAGAGUUCUUCAUCUGGCCUUCCAAUGGAAACACCAUCUCCGCUAGAGUCUCGAAGAGGAUCUGCGAAUUCUUCCGCCUACUUUGCCUCCACACCUGGCUCUCAGAGUUCAUCCUCAGUACCCCCUUUGAAUACAGCACUGGGGAGACCCCCCUCUCAAGAGCCACUCCAGUCUCCAAUUCAUGGCGGUGCUCCGAAUCCCAAUGGGAAACAACCAUCCGCAUCUCCUGGCAUGGCAUCUCCCCAACCUCAGAUGCAACCAAGCUCAGAUCAAAGACAAGCUGGGGUGCAACGGUCCCAAUCGCUACGUCAAUCCAGGCCGGGCGAUGUGCCCAUCCAAAAUGCGCCACAGUCUCCCACGAACAUGGGGCCUUCUUCAUCUAGUCAUCUCUUGACUAGUAUUCAGGAGCAUGACGAGACUCAGCAUGCCGCAGCCGUAGCUCCGUUGAAAGUUAACCAGAGAAAGGUUCUUACUAAACCUCCUCCUUUUGCGACGCUCACGUCUCCGUUGGAUAAACGCGGACCUCAGCAGCAGUUUGUGCAAGGGGCUCCGGCCCCGGUUCCUCAACAGACUCAGGCACAACAAGUACCACAGAAUAACCAGCAGCCACAAAUGAUGUCGCAGAUGCCGCCAGGCAAUGUACAGCCGCUUCGCCAAAAUGUCAAUCAAGGCCAAGCUAUCCAAGGCCAAGCAAUGCUUCUGCAGCAGAACAUCCAAGGCCAAGCAAUGCCAUUGCAGCAGAAUGCUAUCCAGGGUCAGAGGAUACCUUUACAGCAGAAUGUUAUCCAAGGCCAGGGAAUGCCACCACCUCAAGCAGUGGCUCCUCCGGGGCAGCAGCUGGCAUAUGGCCAAGCCCCUCAGAUGCAUAUUGCGCCACUGUCGGCUCCUCCUCUGAACCAAGGGGGUCCGAUCUUGCAACCAGGCCAAAUUCAGACUCAGGCAAUGCCUAUGCAGGGAUUACCAGUUGGUCAGCAUGCACAGCCGCUUCCGCAGCAGUACCACCAGCAACAGGUACUUCCCCAGAACUUUCCCAACUCGCCUUCAGUGGCUCAGCCUGGUCCUCUUCCACCCCUGCAAAUGCAACAACAGACGUCUCCUACUAGUCCCAAGGAGAAUAGAAAAUCAUGGGGAAAGUGGUUCAAGAGUAGUGGAUCCAAAUCCGCUGCCCAGAGCCCGGUGGUUCAGAAGCCGCAGCAUACUUUCCCCCCUGUGCCUAUUCCACAGCCAAUGCCGGGUGCAAACCAGUCAUUCCAUAUGCAAGCGGGAGGUCAGCAGUAUCCCAUGGGCUUCCAAAGCGGACAACCAGCUCCGAUGGCUCAGCAGCAAAUGCAAUUUCAACAAGCUGUGCCGGGAGGUUCUACAAUGCAUAGUCGUGAUGCAUCAGAUGCGGCAUCAGUCUCUACGAUAUCGUCUGACCUGAAGUUUCUGCCAUCAAACAACCAGGCGAUUAGCCAAGCACCAGCGCAUACCAAUAACGAUGCCUCGAUGCAGCAAUUCCCUAAUGGCAUGGCCCCUGCUCCGCUGUUCUCUGGACCGUCUACGCCGAUAAAGCCGGCUGCAGCUUCACAAGAUAAUAAGUGGGCGGGCAAGUCUCCUAUAGAUUAUUCCGGAGGUGGUUGGGGGGAUGAUGAUGACGACGAGUAUUCAUGA